GCGCUACGUGUGGCGUGACGAGUGUAAUAAAGAAAAAGCGAGCCGCGCGAAGGAAGAUGGCGACGCGAUCGGGGGCCGCACGCACCGGGCGUCGUGGUUCAUUCAUUGGCCGCGCUGUGCUUGUGGAUUACAUCGUCGCUGAAGAAAACUAGUGUGUCGGGUUCGUCAACCUGGCCGGGGACGUAGGUUCUGUUGAAUGUGGGUGUUGCAGCCGAGCUCGAUGACGAUCACGUCGAUCAAUCUGUCUAAGGGAGGUAAUGCACCUGUUUCUACCCCGGUUGGUAAGCACAAGGAGGUGCCGAAGACGAUGCAGUAUACCCAUGAGCAAACUGUUGCUUUUGGGGGGAUUCAGGAAGAGGCGAGGCGCGAGGUGCGGUCGAGUGGAAGACUGCGAACUCAGCCUAAUACCGAUAUGACGCAAAUGGAGAGGGCGAUGAUGGUCGCAAAGAAACGUGCGGAGACGCAAGUGAUAGGUUAUCCGGCGAGCUGUUCAUUCAAUUCAACAAUGGGUUUUACUUCUCCCAAUGGAGCAGCGGGAGGCUAUGGUUAUUGGAUGCAAUCGGAUGCUAGUGGUUGCUCAGGACUUCUUUUUCCAGACUACUGGGUCGCGACAUCUUAAUAGAAUAGCAAAUGCAUAGCUUUUCGGUUUGCCAUAUUUUCAGUAGGUUGAUUCAUGUAUCGACCUUAGCUUUUUCGUGAUUGUAAUAAGUGAUGAUGGAUAUAUGGUGACUUGAUACUUUGUUUUUAAUAAAGUUGUGCAUCCAUUGA